CCACAACACACCUUGCAGAACGACACAACCAACAAAAUCCGUCGCAACCGACAGCAAUGCGAUCCGCAGCGCUAUUCACGUUGCUGCUGUCCAGCGUCUUCGCUGGAGUCUUGGGCUAUGGGUGGAGCAAAGAGGACCAUGAAAUCUUUCGCAUCCGCGAUGAGCUGGAGAUGAACGAGGGGGAGGGAGUAACAUUCUACGAUUUCGUCGGCGUCAAGAACGGUCCCGCGGCGUCCAUGGACGACAUUAACAAGGCCUACCGCAAGACCAGUGCCCGUCUGCACCCCGACAAGUUCAAGCCGGCGAAAGGACUGGGUCGGUCUCAGCAAGCCGCCCUUCGCAAGAAGGCGAGCGAGCGCUUCGCACGUCUGGGACUGAUCGCCAAUGUCCUCCGUGGCGAGGGCCGGGACCGCUACGAUCACUUCCUCAGGAAUGGAUUCCCGAAGUGGCGCGGCACCGGUUAUUACUAUGCGAGGUUCAGGCCGGGCAUUGGAAGCGUCCUCAUUGGAAUCUACCUGUUUGUUGGCGUUGCGCAUUAUGCGGUGCUGGGCUUGACGGCCAAGAGACAGAAGGAUUUCAUGAAGGAUGUCAUCCGCGACGUCAGGACUGCUGCGUACGGGCCCGCGGGAAUCCCUGGUCUUGAGGGGUUGGGCGAGGCAAGCUCUGCGGCGAUGGUUAAGCCCAAGAAGGCUGCUUCCAAGAGGGGUGCCAGCGGGACUGCGUCCCCGCCCACGGCGCAGCGCAAGAGGGUCGGCCAAGCCAACGGAAAGACCUUCAUGGUUGAUCCCAAUGGCGACGUUUUCCUGCUCAACGAGACGGAGGAUGGACCUGAAGAGCUCUUGCUAGAUCCAAAGGAGAUCUCGGGUGCCAGGUGGCGCGAUACCACGCUGGUUAAGCUGCCUAUGGGUAUCUGGGGAAUCACGUUGGGUCGGUUCAUGCCCAAGAAGGCUGUGGUCGAGGCGGAGGCUGAGGAGGAGGAGGAAAUCGUUGAUGAUUCCGAGUCGGCCGACGAGGUGUUACCGGCUGCUAAUGUCAAGAAGGUGGCGAAGAAAUUGGUUAGGAGUGGGGAGGGACUGCCGAGACGGAGGGUCAAGGGUCGCGCGGUCAAGAAGGAGCAGAAGUGAAAACCCAUGAUAGAUGUGGAUUUGUCUCAUAGAUUGUGAUGUAGUUCGUUUCUUUCGUUAAUAUUUCGUUUUUUGAUCCGGAAAUGUAGGAAUAAAAGUGA